CAGCGGCUCGGGAAGAGGGAGCUGGUGCUCGAACCGGAGAACGGAGCAGAGGACCACAGGCUGUGAGGCUGCAGCAGGGAACGAGUCAGAGCACUGCCCGGAGACAGGAGACAAAAACCAACUCAUCCUCUUCUAUUCCUACAGCUGCGAGAAGAGGGAAAACCCUGUCCACGUUUGCUUUAACAGGUCUGAAGUCCUUCUCAGCAGUCAGAGUGUGUGGAUGAAUCCAACUGGAGGACAAAGCCCUUUGAUUGGUUCCUCAUAGCUGACUGACUGGUGUGGUGGAUACCCUGCUUGACCCCCACAUAGUCCUGAUUGUGGAGAGCUCUGACCAGGGGGGAAGACUUUUAACGUGACACGCCGGACCAUGGACAGGAAGUGGAAAUGGGUGCUAAGCAGCGGUGCUUUGCUGGUGAUAUUCCUUGGUCGCAUGACCACAGCCUUAGAAGUGCCUCUUGACCCUAAGGUUCUGGAAGGAUUACCACAGCCUCCCACUAUAACCCACCAAUCUCCUAAGGAUUUCAUCAUCGACCCUCGGGAGAACAUCCUCAUCUACUGUGAGGCCAAAGGGAAGCCGCAUCCCAGCUUUUCCUGGACACGGAAUGGGACGCAUUUUGACGUGGAGAAGGACUCUAAGGUGUUGAUGAAGCCGAGCUCAGGGACGCUGGUCAUAGACAUCAGUGGGGAGAAGGCUGAGGCCUACGAGGGGAUCUACCAGUGUACCGCACGCAAUGAGCACGGGACCGCUGUUUCCAACAACAUCUUCAUCAGACAGUCGAGGUCCCCCUUGUGGUCGAAGGAGAGGAAAGAGGCAAUCAUGGUACAGGUGGGAGUGUCUCUGGUGCUGCAGUGUCGACCGCCUGCAGGCCUGCCCCCUCCCAUCAUCUUCUGGAUGGACAACAACUUCCAGCGCCUGCCUCAGAACACGCGUGUGUCCCAGGCGUUAAACGGAGACCUGUACUUCUCUAACGUCCUAUUGGACGACACCAGGAACGACUACAUCUGUUACGCCCGCUUCCCCCACACACAGACCAUCCAGCAGAAACAACCCAUCACUGUCAAAGUCCUGGACAUGGAUGCGAUCAAUGAAACUGUGGCAGCUUUGUACAAUUAUACGAACAAUUUAUUUGUUGACAGUCCAUCGGGGGAGCGGCGACCCAGCUUCAUGGCUCCUCUGGGGCGGAGCAGCACCCAGAUGGCCCUGAGGGGAGGGGUUCUGGAGAUAGAGUGUAUCGCUGAAGGACUUCCGACUCCGGAGGUGUCCUGGUAUAAGGAGAGUGGCGAUCUUCCUAGCAGCAGGAUGUCCUUCCACAACUUCCAGAAGACGCUGAAGAUCGCAGAUGUGAUGGAGGCGGAUGCCGGGGACUACCGCUGCACGGCCAAGAACAGCCUAGGCUCCGCCCAUCACACCAUCAAAGUCAGCGUCAAAGCGGCUCCGUUCUGGAUCAGUGCCCCCAGGAACCUGAUCCUGGCCCCGAAGGAGACGGGCAUCCUCACCUGCAGAGUCAGUGGAGACCCCAAGCCCCAAAUCGCCUGGUCCGUCAACGGAGUCCCCAUCGAAAACUCUCCAAAGGACACGAGUCGGAAGGUGGAGGACGACACAGUGAUUCUGAGCGACGUCCAGACCGGCUCCAGCGCUGUCUACCAGUGCAACGCCUCCAAUGAGUUUGGCUACCUGCUGGCUAAUGCUUUUGUCAAUGUGCUUGCCGAAGCACCAAGGGUGCUGACUCCCCCCAACAAUGUGUACCAGGUCAUCACCAACAAUCCUGCCUUCCUGGACUGUGCCUCGUUCGGCUCGCCCAUACCAACCAUCACAUGGUUUAAGGACAGCCAGACCAGUAUCCUGAAUAGAGACCCAUAUGUGAUCCAUAAUAACGGUACCUUAGAGAUCAACGUAGCCCAGUCCCUGAACAGUGGCAAGUACACCUGUAUAGCCUCCAACAACCUGGGAACCAGGGAGAACCAUGUCUACUUGGAGGUCAAAGAGCCGACGAGGAUCCUGGCCCAGCCAGAGUACAUGGUGGUCCAGAGGAACAGGAAGGCCGUGUUUGAGUGUAAAGUUAAACACGACCCCACCCUCAUCCCCACCAUGAACUGGCUCAAAGACAACGGAGAGCUGCCUGACGACGAGAGGUUCUUGGUGGACACUGACAGUCUGACCAUCAACGAAGUGACAGAGGAGGACGAGGGAACCUACACCUGUGUCAUGAACACCACCCUGGACCAGGACUCAGCUAGCGCCAUGCUCACCGUCGUUGAGGCUACUCCAACUCCUGCUAUUGUCUACGAGGAACCAGACCCUCCUACAGACCUGGAGCUGACUGACCAGAGAGAGAGGAGCGUCCAGCUCACCUGGAUACCUGGAGACGAACAUAACAGCCCUACACAGAAGUUCCUAGUCCAGUAUGAAGACCUGCUCCACCAGGCUGGGGUGUGGCACAACCUGACAGAGGAGGAGGGCACCAAGACCACAGCCCACCUGGACCUGUCCCCCUACGCCUACUACUCCUUCAGGGUUCUGGCCGUGAACCAUGUGGGCUUCAGCCAGCCCAGCCAGCCCUCCAGACAGUACAGGACCAACCCUGCAGCUCCAGAUGUGAAUCCAACAGAUGUCCAUGGUGUUGGAACUGAACAUAAUAACUUAGUCAUCUCAUGGAAGGAGCUGACAGGCCUCCAGUCCAAUGGACCAGGACUGCAGUACAAGGUGAACUGGAGACAGAAGGAUGUGGAGGAGGACUGGUUGUCUGAGACCGUGGCUAACGCCUCCAAGUAUGUGGUGUCAGGCACGCCCACUUUCGUACCCUACGAGGUCAAAGUUCAGGCGGUGAACGACUACGGAAACGGACCAGCGCCUGAGGCGGUGGUGGGGUAUUCUGGAGAGGACGUGCCCAUUUCAGCCCCAGAGAGUGUCCAGGUGUUGGUUCAGAACGGGACGCUAGCAGAGGUUCACUGGGAGCCUGUCCUCACCUCCAUGGUCAGGGGACGACUCCAGGGCUACAAGGUGUCCUACUGGCGUGAGCGUAGCCUCCACCAGGCAGAGGCUCAGCAGGAGGAGCAGCAGGUGUUGCUCUUCAGUGGGAACAGGACUGACGGCAGACUACCAGGCCUCAAACCCUACAGCCUCUAUACACUGAACAUCAGGGUGGUCAACGGCAAGGGAGAGGGGCCCCCCAGCCCCAACCACAACUUUGAGACCCCAGAGGGAGUCCCUGGUCCUCCUUCCUUCUUGCGUAUAAAGAACACCGACAUGGACUCUCUGACGCUGGAGUGGGGUCCUCCACAGGACAACAAUGGUCGCCUCACCGGCUACACACUCAAAUACCAGCCAGUCAACAGCUCCAAUGAGCUUGGUCCCGUUGAGGAGAUGAUGUUCCCAGCCAAUGAGACCACCGUAAUCCUGGCCGACCUCAAGUACAGCACCCGCUAUAAGUUCUACUUCAACGCUAAGACCAUCAAGGGCUCCGGCCCAACCAUCACAGAGGAGGCUGUCACUAUCAUGGAUGAAGCCUUUAUUCAGCAACCCAUAGUAGAUGUGUUCAAAGUGCGUCCUAUAGGCCCGGCGUUCACCAAUGUAAACUCCUCUGUGGUGGGAGAGGAGGGAGCAGUGAUAAGUUGGGAAUACUUUGGACCAGAUAAGAAUGUGUAUGUGGAGUAUAUUGUAGAAAACAGUAAAGAAGACUGGACCAAAGAGUUUGUAAACGGCAGUAGCGGGUCUCAGACCCAUCUGAUAAAGGGCCUAAAGCCGGGGACAUCCUAUAGGGUUCGGCUGGUAGUGAAAGAUCACUCUGAGGCCACCAUACACAGUACAGAGGAGCUAGUGAUAACGCUGCCAGAAGCAAUGAAAAGCGACCAGGUGGACCUAGCCACUCAGGGUUGGUUCAUAGGGCUGAUGUGUGCCAUCGCUCUCCUCAUCCUCGUCCUUCUCAUCAUCUGCUUCAUCAAGAGGAACAAGGGAGGGAAAUACCCAGUGAAAGAAAAAGAGGAUGCUCAUCAAGACCCAGAGAUCCAGCCUAUGAAGGAUGAUGAUGGGACGUUUGGAGAGUACAGAACAUUUUACCAAGGAACAAGGAAACUCUCCCUUCCUGACUCCCUCGAGGCAAGACAGAAUCUACACCUCUCUGUGUUUAAUUAACAAGACAGAAUCUACACCUGUCUGUGUUUAAUUAACAAGACAGAAUCUACACCUCUGUGUUUAAUUAACAAGACAGAAUCUACACCUCUCUGUGUUUAAUUAACAAGACAGAAUCUACACCUCUCUGUGUUUAAUUAACAAGGCAGAAUCUACACCUGUCUGUGUUUAAUUAACAAGACAGAAUCUACACCUCUGUGUUUAAUUAACAAGAGAGAAUCUACACCUGGCUCUAUUUAAUUAACAAGACAGAAGCUACACCUGUCUCUAUUUAAUUAACAAGACAGAAUCUACACCUGUCUCUAUUUAAUUAACAAGACAGAAUCUACACCUGUCUCUAUUUAAUUAACAAGACAGAAUCUACACCUAUGUGUUUAAUUAACACUGUAAAUACUGUACUUACUUACAAAUAUGAUUUCAUAAUAAAUCAAAGCAACUUUUAUACAUUAGUGUGUGUGUGUGCAAAUAGUAUGUAUUUUAAUGUAACAUUAAAAACAGCUGUCAUGCUAUCAUUGAUGAGAAGUUGUAUCAAGCUUUGCUGCUGAACGUGUCUCAAUCUGCAUCUUGUUAUAUCAUCAUCAUACUUUGUGUGCCAAAUCUUUUUUGUGGUUUUGUUUUUAGUUAGUAUAGUAAUAAUAAUUGUGGUGCUUCAAACGUGUUGACUGAUAGCAGGCUGCUACUGUAAUACAUGGGUUGACUGUUUGAUAUCAGGCUGCUACUGUAAUACAUGGGUUGACUGUUUGAUAUCAGGCUGCUACUGUAAUACAUGGGUUGACUGUUUGAUAUCAGGCUGCUACUGUAAUACAUGGGUUGACUGUUUGAUAUCAGGCUGCUACUGUAAUACAUGGGUUGACUGUUUGAUAUCAGGCUGCUACUGUAAUACAUGGGUUGACUGUUUGAUAUCAGGCUGCUACUGUAAUACAUGGGUUGACUGUUUGAUAUCAGGCUGCUACUGUAAUACAUGGGUUGACUGUUUGAUAUCAGGCUGCUACUGUAAUACAUGGGUUGACUGUUUGAUAUCAGGCUGCUACUGUAAUACAUGGGUUGACUGUUUGAUAUCAGGCUGCUACUCUAAUAAAGCACAUAGCAGAAUGUAUUUUCUCAUCCACCACUCUUCAUGUGUUCCUCCAUUGUUCUCUGUCUUUGGGGUGUAGGUCCCUGGAAAGGUAAGAGGGUUAGCAUUAUGCUAUGAGCAUACAGCAAGCCUGGCAUGCAACACACACCGUCUGAACCAGGUCUGUGUGUGUGUCUGAACUGAUACUAAAGGAGACAGCUGGGCCUUGUCGAACCCAGCACAGAUUAUACUAUGCCAGUUUAACUCACCUGUUUGUUGGCCAGCACCUGAUUUUAAUCCAGUUCUAUUUAUUGAACACUAACAGUCACUAAAAUCAGAAGCUACUAUUUGACUGCAUAUCCUGUUUGGCUUCAUUUUCAGUUGCUUUCAAUGUUUCCUUUUGGGUAGAAAAAUGUCAACAUUCGGUUGUAUUUCUGAGUUGUGCCAUUGUAAUG